CAAUUAGAUCCCUCUCCCUUCCUCGCUUUCCUUCGUUUGUAUCGAUUUCAGCUGAAAACAUGGCGGUGCAAUAUGCUCCUAUGAAACUUCGAGUACCGCCUGGCUUUCAAAACUUACUGGAGGGUUUAGCGAGGGAGGUCUUGCGAGAACAGCCCGAGGACAUCAUUGUUUUCGCCGCGCAGUAUUUCAAAAACCAGCUUCAAAUCCGAGAUGGUAAGCUCACGCUUUUGCCUUGAUCAGCUUUACUGCUUAAGUUGUUAAGUAAAUAUUCUUGUAAACAGAGAGGAAGAUUUUUCGGUGUUUGGAGGCUAUAACUAGAUGUUUCCAUUUGCCGUUCGAAUACAUCGGUUUCUCGGAUGAGUUCUAAUUAAUCCUACUGAUUACAAUUUGUUAGUGUCGUAUGCUUGAUCGCAAAAUAAAAUUGCUAUUUUUUUCGAUCGAUCUUGUUUUCCUCUUUUAGUCGUAGGAAAUUAUCGUCAUAAAAAGUAUUUUAUCUAAAUAACGAAUAGUAUUUAAAAAGUGUUGAGAUGUGAUUGUAAGCUUAUAUUUAUGAAACCAUUUUUUUGAGUUUACCUUAUUAAAUUGUCAACAUUAAACAGGACGGAAACGAAGGCGAACUGUUUGCAUAGACAGUACGAAGAAAAUUUAAUUAACAUGUUUCACCUAAGAAUGUAACGAUAUCCACAAAAUUUAAGCCUUCUUUAUGCUUUGGGGGGAAUUUUCUCUCACCGACAAAACAAUUAAGCUUUGUACUUUAUUUGUACUUUCACAUGCAACUUGCAGCGUACCCUGCGAGCAGAGGCUACAUUUUCGCGGUAUGAGCUGGCGUGCGAAAAGUAGCCUCUGCCGACAACCGUUCAAUUUUCUAUCGUGCAUGCGCAAAAUUCGUCACGCGAUUCGCAAGCAACUGGUUCGUCAAAUCUGCGUGAGUUUCGCGGGAAAACUACCUGCGAACUACUGUCCUCGAGCUUCUGUUUUUCUGCUUCGCCCCUUCUGGUUUUAACUAUUUUAGCCGCAAAAAUUCCACGGAUCGUCUUUUUUAGGAAAGUAUUUUUAUGCUAUCAACUGUAGUAAGUUCUGUCUGUUUUGCGAGAAGCACAUUUUUCCGGCUUUAAUAUUACCUAUUUAUAGUUGUGCUCAAAGUGAAAAAUGAAAUUCGCCGACAACGCUAGGCAGAAGUGAUGUUUGAAAUAAAUUGGAUGCUGUAGUCUCACGAUUGUGUUUUAAACUAAUGUUAUGAAUGAACAUAGACAAAACAGUAGUCAAAAAAAUUAUUUAUCGAAAAAUUUUAUUCGACAACCCAUAAUUUUAUCCUUAAAAGCAAUUCGCGUAAUACUAACUGGAUUGUGGAUCAUUUCACGCAAGUAAAAGCUGCCGAAGACAUCAAAUGUCAACGCCAAAAUGCGUCUCAAGUCGUAUAAAACAUCUAUGAAACAACUAUAAAUACUUAAAUUUCCAUUUAAAAACGGAACUUCCUUGACCAUUGAUGUGCAAGUUGUACCUGAAAAUUCUUUAAAAACUUUGCCGCCUUGGUUUCUUUUCAGAACAGGAGAAGCUUUCCACCGUGAAGAAACCAACCAGGUUGAAGUCCUUGAGGGCGAAUCGGUGUUCAGCCAAAAGCUUUUUUUCUACUUUUUCCACCAAAAAGAAACUGAUCGAUGAUUCUUUUGAACAUUCCGGUUCCCAUUUGUGUCUUAAAACAGUGCAUUUAGCCUUGCAUUGAGAGGCGACACAACAAAAAUCACCGCAGUAUCCAUUUUCUUUUCCUGGCAAACAAGAACUACCAUAAUGAUAAAUUAACGAUCUUUACACGGUCCCGUAAGAAGCACCGGCAGCAGCUUGUUUUGGUAUUCCGACAGCUUUAAAAUACAGAGCUUAUUCAAGUUGUUGACGACGCUCUUUUAGACACAUAAACAGGGAUGUUUGAAGUUGUUUUGAACUUUUUCUGUUGCUGCGUUCGAGCUACGUUCAUCCGCGUUCGUAUGCGAGGAUUUGGCACGAAGGAAUGCAUGAAGGCGCAGUAAUGGUCAGCGUUCAUUCGCUGACGCAAGACUCACGCAAUGCUCUAAACCGGUCAAGAACAAGAAAAACCCGUUUUUUUUAAUUUAUUCGUCCAGAUUUCUGGACGGAUUUGAACGGUUGUCGGCAGAGGCUACUUUUCGCACGCCAGCUCAUACUGCGAAAAUGUAGCCUCUGCUCGCAGGGUACUUGCAGCGUGUACGUCGUGUAAUUUUUACUGUAUAAAAUAAUUGCAUAAACUGUCCCGAACCUAGACGUUGGUCAUAUAAACAAUAGGAAUUCUAGAAUCAAUAGAAACCCUACACUAUGCCAAUAAGUAAUAUUAGUACUUUCCUGCAUUGUAGAGACUGGAAAAGAUGAUGCAAAAAAAGGCGAUCAAAUGGAAAGAUUGAUGAAAGGAGAGGAGGUUGAUAUAGAUUUGAAAGAUCCUGAGGUACAGGCAGCAGCAACUAAGAUUCAAGCAAGUUUCCGGGGUCACAAAGCUCGCGAGGAUGUGAAGAAGAAAAAAGAUGAAGAGGCUGCAGCCAUUAAAAUCCAGGCCAGCUUCCGUGGUCACCAAGCAAGAGAGAGAGUUAAAGACAUAAAACUUACGCAGAGCCAGGAGAUGAUGUCAGAGAGUGCAACUGGUGUUGAGGCUGAUGUUGUGGGGGAUGAUUCCACUACUCUGCCUGAAGAAGCCAAUAAACUAGAAGAAGACAUUUCGAGGGGACCAGAAGAGCAGGAGGCUUCCGUCCAUGAAAAACUUGAUGAGACUGAAGGAGCGGGUACAGAGGCUGUCCCUGUGGAGCCUGAAGUGAUGGAGCCUGCUGCGGAAGGAGAGUCUGAAGUUCCAGACAGACAGGAAGCAGAGGGAGAAACAAAAGACGUGACUAAUGAGGGUGGAGCAGGGGAUGUUCAAGUGCAAGAGGCAGCAGAACCUGGAGAAGAGAAGGUGGAAGAUAGCGUAGAAACUGCAGAGGAGAAGGCAGAAGAUGCAGGCGAAACAGGAGAUGGGGCUGCUGAUGUCCAGCAGCCUGGUGAGGCUCAAGGGGGGGAGGUAGAAGGUGAGGCAGAGGAAGUAGAUCUUGAUUUGAAUGAUCCAGAGCUGCACAGCGCUGCAGUUAAGAUCCAAGCUAGUUUUAGGGGCCACAAGGUAAGGGAAGGGGUGAAAACCACAAAAAGUUCCGAGUCUUUACCUCAAGAACCCCAGGGUGAAGGUGGAGAAACAUCAGAGGAGAAACCUGAUGAGGAGAAAAAAGAGGAAACGGAGGGGGAUAAAGAUGGCGAACCAUCUGUGCCUGAGGGUGCUGAAGAAUCCAAGCCAUCAGAAGAUUAACUUAUUUAUAUUUUGCUUGUUAUGAGAGCCCAGGGGUAGCCCAGAUUUUAGCGACGGGGAUGAUCAAAUGGGGGUAAAAAUCAAAACUCAAAAAAACCCCUGGACCAAAAAUUAGCCGCCAAAAAAUCCCAUGCCAUAUUUCCAAGCCUUAAAAAUUUCCAGAAAGCAAAACAAAUUUGGUUGUACUUUAUUGGUAGAACUAUGCGGCCAGGAUACGUGUGCACGACCAUGAAUCUUCAGAUUGUUUUGAAUACCCCAAAAAAUCCCUACUUAAAUCAAGCCACCCAAAAAAAUACUUGCCAAAUUGUUCUAGACCAAAAAAUUUGGGACUUGAAAAUUUCAAAGCCAAAAGAUCCUUGGAUCAUCCCCGUCACUUGAAUUCUGGAGUUCACCCUGGGUGUGAGAGUCCCCAAUAGGGUUCCUCAAUUUUGCAAAAGCCCUCAAUCCUGUUGUCACUCUGAUGAUUAUUUUCAGCGUCCAGCAUCCUGAGCAUACUUUCAAUCCAGUUUCUUGCUCUCAUUUUGCUUUAAAAUCUUGAAUCCUGGCCUUCAAUCCCUCGUCCCAAAAAAAUCUGUUGGGGAACCCUCAGUUGUAUCAUAUUGUUAUCUAUAUAUUUAAAGUUGAGUGUCGUUUACAACUUUAAGUUAACGGUUUUCCCAUUUGAGAGAAGAUAUAAAUUAAAGAAAACCUAGGGCUCAAUAAUUUAUUGUGCUCCUAACAGAAUCUUAUAAUAUGAUAAUUUAUAACUUGGAGUAAUGUAAUAAUGGUAACUUUGUGGUUCUUUAAGAAGUUUUCUUUGAAAGGGGCUUAUCAAAAAUUUAGAGCACACUCACAGAUAUAGUUUAUACACUUUAUGGUUAAUAAGAAGUUUGUUUAUACAAUAUCUUGUAUAGCUUAGUAUCAGAUUUUGGUGGUUAGGUUUUGUGUGUGUAUAUGUUACCGAUUUUCGACAAGAUAUUUAUGCUUAAAUUUUGCCAACCUGACGUAAAGUUAGCUUAAAAAGUGAUUAGACUUAAUUUCAUUUGUUUUCAAUUUAUGGUAGCAUAAUGUAGGUGGUUAUGCAGCCCCCAUUGUUUCAUGCUAAAAACAUGUCUCACACAAAACAACAAUACCAUGCACUCAGUAGUAACUACAUAUAGAUGUGUCUUUCUGAUAAGCAGGAAUUUAUGACACGUUUGUAAAUAUUAUUGGAGCCAUUUACAAGUAAUGAUUUUAUCAUCGAGGUGUUUAAUAUCACGUUGUAGAUAUUACAUAUAUAAUUUGAGAUGCCACACUCUGUUGCAGAAUUUUUAGCCUUACAGAGGGUGAUUAUUAAAUCAUUUCUGAAACAGUUGUAACUCAUCUGACAGUUUCCUGAAUAGUUUCUUUUAAUAUAAAUGUUCAAAGUUAUAAAUGUAGCAAAUGAUUAACAAAUUAGUUUUCUUCGUUAUUAUUGUGGGUGUCUAGUAAUCAGCUUGCUCUUUCACACCUGGAGGUCAUUAAUGGGCAGGAAAAAACCACCUGCUAGGAGCUGAGUUUUUAUUAUUUUUUUUAAACAGCACAUUUUCUUUGUAAUUUUAGAGCUUGUUAUUUGAAUUUGUUAAUAUUUGCUGCCAAUAGGUAUAUCUUUGGCAUUGGUUUCCCAACUCACAUUUAAAGAUUGGCUGACAGAGAUGAUUAAAGUGUAUAUGAGAAGAAUCGUUUCUAUAAAUAAUUUCAUGAAAGUAGAACAAAGCAGUUUGAGUGUGUAACAGCACAGGUUACCCAGGCUCUGUGAUAGUACCACAGAACAAUUCUAGGAAGUUACAGUGAUUGUUGAGUAUUUCCUACAAACACUGUAAUUUUUUAGGGUACAGAACUAGCAGUACGAGUGUGUAGCAGCACAGGCUACCCAGGCUUUGUGAUAGUACCACAGAACAAUUCCAGUAAGUUUCAUCGAUUAUUAAGUAUUUCAUACAAACACUGUAAUUUGAUAGGAUUCAGUACUGUGGUACUAUCAAAGACCCUAGGUUACCAGAAGCAGGGAAUUAAAGCAAUGUGGCAAAUAACGAAUAUAAAUAUGGUCAUAUAUUAAUUUUGUUUGGUGUCCUCUUUUUUGUCAAUAUACUGCUUAGAGGUGAAAUAAAAUUUUAAAAUUAAAAUUAUACACUACCUUUAGAUUUUGGUUUGCUAUAUAUAAGGGAAAACAGGUUUUAUUUCAUUACUUAAUUAUAUUUGCAGCCAGCUGUUUUACUGGAGAAUUAUACUUGCCUUUGAGAAGUUGAAUGAUUGGCGGUCAUACCUGACAUUAAAG